AUGUCUCUGCUCCUGAGACGGCUCUGGAGUCUCGGCCGUGGGAAGCCUCCUGUGUCCGUGAGAUCCUCUCUUUUUCCUCUUCACUCCAAAGCAAUCUCAACUUCAUUGCUGCAAACCCCUCCUUGUAAAAUCAUCGUGGCUGAGUCUUGUGGUGGGGGUCUCGGAAAACUUGUGGUUAUGUAUCUCAAUGAACUUGAGUGCACUGACGUGGAAAAGAAGGUUCCUUUGGAGUUAGUUGAUGACGAAGACGCAAAAAAGAUAACAAUAGGGGCAUCCCAUGGCUGGAUAGCUACUCUGAAGGAAGAUGGAGUCCUGCGUCUCCAAGACGAUCUCAACCCUGUGGCAUCGGAUACUAAUCCGAAACGCAUCCCUCUGCCUCCUCUUGUGACUCUGCCUCAUUGCCAAACCCAAAUCAUCACCAACGUGUCAAUGUCAUCAUCUUCUCCAGGGGAUGAUGAGGACUGUGUCGUGGCCGUCAAGUUCUUGGGACCUCAGCUCAGCUUUUGCAAACCAGCUGGUAAACCGGAGUGGACCAACAUCAAGAUCGAAAACCCCUCCUUCGUCUCCUCCCGUGUCAUGUUUUCCAAGAAAAACGAGUUGUUUCACAUUCUCGGAGAUGGAGGCAACCUCAUUGGGUCAUGGGAUCCCAACAAUCCCAGCGGCGACCCCAAAAUUUCAGAGUGA